AUGGCCAUCUUCGGCGCCGGGGGCGCUGGCUCCCGUACCGCUGAGCUUUUGAAUGAAGAACUAGAGGAUGAUGAUGACGACCCGGACUACGUUGAAGAAGAUGACGAUGAAGAAGCAGAAGUGAACUACCUCGGCACUGGCCCUCAUUACGCUCGCUUUGACCGUUCGCGAAACUGGUGGCCGAAGAUCACAGAGCCCACAGAGCAGGGCCUAUCUCUCCUCUUGAACGGCGAGUUUGGAAGAGUCAGGCAUCAAGUGAAUGCACGGAGUGGACGCAAGAACGUGACGCGCAGUCUCUUCAAUCGAGGUUUGAGCGCACGACCCACGUAUAAGGAGGAUAUCGCAAGUGAAAUAUUGCCCAACUCAAGUGGUACAGCCGUGGCAUCGUACCCUGCUAACGCCUACGUCGGCCAGUACUCGUCCGACUCUGCUUUCUACUACACGUGUGUCAGAAAUUUCCGGCUUCAUGUGUAUGAUACCAAGGCACCAUUCAAGACACAGAGAGCCGCCAGGCUCCCGCGACAAGAAUACGACGAUGGCCAUACGACGACAAUGGAGGUCAUCAAGACCAUUCAGGCAGCCCCCGGACGCUGGACAAUCACGGACUCACAUCUGAGCCCCGACAACCAGCGAAUGAUUUAUGCGUCAAUAUCUAGUACAGUAUACAUGACAUCCACGCUCGAUGCGUCCACGGAGCAGGUACCCAUAUCCUUCAAGGAUCCGGCCCCGGCGCGACGUCGUGGAUGGAAUGACUAUGACGAAGAAGACCACUUUGGUAUCUGGAGCUGCAAGUUUUCCGCCGAUGGCAAGGAGGUCAUUGCGGGUGGCAGUAGUAUGAUAUUUGUCUAUGACCUGGUGGCCGACAAGCGUACGGUCAAGAUUGCUGCACAUUCAGACGAUGUCAACAGCUGUUGUUGGGCCGAUACAGCGUCUGGGAACGUCCUCAUCAGCGCCUCAGACGACACCUUCGUCAAAGUCUGGGAUCGUCGAUCAUUAGCGGACACGAGAAAACCCUCAGGUGUGCUCAUCGGCCACACCGAGGGCAUCACAUACGUUUCUGCAAAGGGUGACGGCCGCUACGUGAUCUCGAACGGCAAAGACCAAAUCCUCCGGCUUUGGGAUUUGCGCAUGAUGAGAAGUAACAGCGACUUCGAGAGCGUCGCGAAGCAGCACUACGGCGUUCCACACUUCGACUACAGAGCAGAAAGCUACCCCCAGCCCAGACACAAGGCCCACCCGCUCGAUUGCAGUGUCAUGAAGUUCACCGGCCACGAGGUCCUGCGCACCCUCAUCCGGUGUCAUUUCAGUCCUGCGGAGACCACCGGCCAGCAGUACAUCUAUUCCGGCUCGUCUGAUGGAAGGAUACAUAUCUGGUCUUUGGACGGACGGGUCGUGGAGGUGCUCGAUCGGUCAUAUACCUUGCCAAUGGCGCUGGACCCGACUGGUGCCGAUCCCGCGGAUAUCACCCCUUCCCGCGUUCAGCCAUGUGUAAGGGACGUCAGUUGGCAUUCACAGCAACCUAUUCUUAUGAGCACAGGAUGGCUGGGUCGCCGCUGGGGUAUGUCAGAAGGCAGUGUCAUCGCUAGGCACGAGUUCAAAGGGAUGUCGAAGCUCAAAGGCGGUCUGGAGGACUGGGUUGCACAGGAGAGGGCGGAACGUUCGGACCGCGCGCGACGCCGUGCCCAGCGAUCCGGCAUGCCUGGGGCCUUCGAAGCUGAGGGAGACAGCAUGGACACGUCCGAGGAGGAGAACGAGAUGCAGCUCCCCGCAACCGACACUGUUGUCCCACUUGCUGUCGAACUGAACUCCUAUGGCUUUCCGCAGGGCUACUUCAUGCUGCGGUCCUUCGGAACAGGUCGGCUCCUCGACGUCGCUCAGGGACACCUGGAGGAUGGGACAGAGGUUAUCCUCUGGCCUGCCACCGAAACCUCCCAGGUCGAAUCGAUGAGACGACCAGAUAGCAAUAAUCAGGUCUUCUUCAUCGACAUAUCUGGUGCACUGUCGUCCAGACACUCCGGACAUGCUAUUGAUGUUGAGAAGGAGAAGCUCGUCCUGCGCCACCGCAGACCAGUCUCGUACCCGUUCCCGAACGUGUACUCCCACACGCUCCCGCGCUUCGUCUACCAUCCUGAGACAAAGGAGAUAACCGUGGUCUUCGCGAGUGACCCGUCCUUCUCCGCCUCUCGAAGGGACAGCAGCUCCGGGGCAUGGAAGGAGAAGACGUACUACCUGACCUCGGUCCCCGUCCGUCAGCCUCCCACCAUAAUCGACAACGCCUCUGCACUCCUCAACUCCGCGUACACGACCUCUCUUUCACUCUUUGGCAAGGCGGGCUCCAAGGCCACGCCAGACCAGGUCUUCGACGGCGAAAUCGACCUGACGGAGAACGAUCUCGCCGAGCAGGACCGUAACGAGGCGGAGGAGAUCGACGAUUCGCUGGAGCCCCUGCGCCCCGUCAAGGUCAUCGCACUCACUGCGGAAGAGGCUGCAAACGCGAGCGAGCAGGCGAAGGCGCGGAGGCAGUGGGAGUUCUUGCCUCUGCGGAUUUCGAAGCACCGCACGGGGAUGCCGUCUCAGUGA